UUCAAAUUAGGUUUCCCUUGUUUAGUACUUUACUUUUCCAUCAAAUCUUCCCUCCCUUUUAAUUCAAUUAAAAAUCCUCACAGUACAAAUUUUUCUUGGUUCUUCUUCGCUGGUAUGUCCACUAUUUGCCAGGGGAAUAUUUGGAUUUGUUUAUUUUAAUUUUUAGGUUUAGUUUUCUUCUUCUGCAUUGAAUGCUCAGCUCCUGUCAUGGCCGUUUCAUGAUUCUUGAAUUAAAUGGCCAAUUCUUGACUUUCUCUGUGAUCUCAUAAUGCCAAAUUGUCUGAUUCAGACUGCAUAUAAAUUCAGCUUUUAUGGUUGCUGCUACUGCCAUUGCAAUCUGCAGUGAGUUACAGACACCAAGGAAGAUAAAGCUGAGAAGAUAACAGAAAACCUAUACAUAUAUAUACACAUAAAUACAUACAUGUAUCUAUUUAUAUAUGUUUAAGCUAUAUGGAGACGGAAAACAGCAAAAGAAAAUCAACCAUGGAAGAGUACCAAGUGGUGGAGCAGAUUGGAAGAGGAGCUUUUGGAGCCACUUUUCUUGUUCUUCACAAGACUGAGAACAAGAGGUAUGUGCUGAAGAAGAUUCCUCUGGCGAAGCAAACUGAAAAAUUCAAGCAAACUGCACAUCAAGAGAUGCUACUCAUGGCAAAGCUUAGCAAUCCUUACAUCAUUCGGUACAAGGAUGCCUGGGUCGAAAAGGACUCCUUUGUCUGCAUCGUUACGAGCUACUGCAAAGGCGGAGACAUGGCGGAGCUGAUCAGAAAGGCUCGAGGAGUGCAUUUCUCCGAAGAGACGAUCUGCAGAUGGCUGACUCAGUUGCUUUUGGCUUUGGAUUACCUGCACUCGAAUCGUGUCCUUCACCGCGACCUCAAGUGCUCAAACAUUUUCCUUACAAGAGACAACGACAUCAGGCUCGGAGAUUUUGGGCUAGCGAAGCUGCUCGACAAAGGCGACCUUGCUUCAUCGCUCGUGGGAACACCAAACUACAUGUGUCCGGAGAUCUUAGCAGACAUCCCAUAUGGAUACAAAUCGGACAUUUGGUCUUUAGGCUGCUGUAUGUUCGAAAUUGCCGCUCAUUUACCUCCUUUUCGGGCAUCGGACAUCGAUGGCCUCGUCAGCAAAAUAAAUCGAUCAACCAUUUCGCCUCUUCCAACAUUGUAUUCUUCGUCCCUGAAGAGACUCAUCAAAAGCAUGCUUAGGAAAAGCCCGGAGCAUCGCCCGACGGCUGCAGAGCUCUUGAGGCAUCCACAUUUGCAGCCAUAUCUCGCUCGGUACAGCAAUUUGUCGCCGGUCUUCCUCCCAGUGAAGUCUGAAGCCGAGUCAAAGUCCAGGCCGUCGAACAGGGACAGCAAGCUGAACAAGAAAAUGCAGAUGAUCAAGAAAUCAGACGACGCCACGAAAGAGGACAAGAUUCCAUCAAAAAAACAUCUGCCUAUGGAUUCAGGAACAGAUUCCCUUUCGCCGGAUGAAAGCAAGAGUAACGUAAGCCUUGGAUCAUUGUCGGAACAAGAAAUGCAAUCCAGGGACGAAAACCAGAACCUUAACGCGGCAGCAUGUAAUGGCGACGAAAAUUCUCCCAAACUGAACCUGGCAAGAAUGCCGACCCCUUUCCUGCCGAAUGAUCUCAUCAAAAGCGAACAUGUAGUCGAAGAAAAGGCGCAGGCGAUGGAGUCGUUGCUCGAGCUCUGCGCGCAGCUUCUCAAGCACGAGAGGCUCGAGGAACUCGAGGGCGUGCUGAAGCCAUUCGGAGAUGAAUCUGUCUCUUCUAGAGAAACUGCAAUCUGGCUGACAAAAGGCCUGAUGAACAUUCAAAGAUGUAAUCAAGAAUUAGCUUAGCUUAGCUUAGAUUAACAAACAGUGGCACUUCUUGUGAUCAAAUUCUUACCAUUUGAUCCUGUGAUAUGUUCCUGUGAUGACUCAAAUGGAAGUUCUUGACGUAGCCAUUAUCCAUUGAUCAUAGUUUUCUUCAA